CAAAAGUUCUCGCCCCGGUUCCUUUCUUUGCCUCUGGGUUCCUCUCUGAAGUCUUUUCUUCACCCAGCUCCACGAACAAACCCUCAAUUCGAUCCUCUCCUCGCGCUUCUCGAUCUCGGAAUCGCCACUCUCGAUCUGAGGCGCCGUUCGCACAGCUCGAUUCUCCUUGGUUUGAUCUCGAUUGCAUUUUUUAGAGGGAUUUCGGUGCUCAUCGCGUGCGAUGAGGAAGAGGGAGAGAGAGAACCCAUGCGGGGUCUGCGGCCACUACCACAAGUACGAGGAGGGGGAGGUCUGUGGGGUGUGCGGUCACCGGAUCCCGGCGGCGGAGGAUCGGUCGGUGCAGCAGGGCGGCGCGUUCCCGUCGGAGAUCCUGAAGGAUUUCCUCUAUCUAGGGAGCUACGACAACGCGUCCAGGGCGGAGCUCCUCAAGACCCUCGGCAUCUCCCGCAUCCUCAAUACUGUGCCUGCAUGCCAAAAUCUGUAUAAGAAUUCUUUCACAUAUCAUUGCCUCCAAGAUGACAAGCACUUGCAAUUUGAUGAUGCAAUCCAAUUUUUAGAGCAAUGUGAAAGGGACAAGGCGCGGGUUCUCAUUCACUGCAUGUCAGGCAAAAAUAGGUCAGCAGCUUUUGUAAUAGCCUACUUGAUGAAAAGCAAAGGAUGGCAAUUUGCACAAAGUUAUCAGUGGGUUAGACAUCGUAGGCCGAUGGUGGAGUUGUCCCCAGCUUUUCAUCAGCAGUUACUAGAGUAUGGGCAGAAGAUCUUUGGAUCCAAUGAGCCUGUGCCUGUCCAACCUCUGAUUCCAUCAGAUUCGGUUCCAUCUUUUGGGUUUGGGUAUUCCAAGACAAUCAGUAAUCCUCCAGUUCAGAUGUUCAAUCAGCCCACCGUGCCAUCCAUCUUUGAACGCAUUGGUCCGAACACCACCCCCAGUAAUUUUGUCUUUGGAUCUGGGAGAAAUACGGAUCAGAGAAUCAUGGAAAGCAGUGCUUUUAGUGCCAUCCUUCCAACUGGGAGUGAAACCCCUAUGGAUAGCUCUUCUUGAGUUCAUACAUCCCGUGUGCAUUCUAUGUUGCUUAGCAGAAAAAGUUGCAUAUCAAGAUCUUCCUGACAUUUGAAGCAUAGAUAUGAAGUUGAUAUUCUACAUUCCCAAGGUUUCGGUCCAGAAUGUAUUUUUAAGAGAAAAUGUAUGCGGUUACUGUCUCCCCUUUUUGUCUUUGUAAUUGUAUGGAAUCAUGCUACAGAGCUGUAACUCUUGCUAUAAUGCUCGAAGAAUUCCUUGUCCAUAUUAAUGUCGAUUAUUCAGAAAUUUUUAUUUAUUUAGGGCUUGUUUGGGUAA